AGUUUUUAAACAGUAAGUUGUAUCAGUCUCUGGAGGCUUAAGCAAGUGCGUGACUUCAAACUUAAGAGCUGGCUUGAUCAUUUUAUCGUUUUAAAAGCCUAUUUUACCAUUCACAAGUAUGAUCAGCUGAAAACAUUUUGAAAGCCUCUACUUUUUUUUUUUUUUUCCCUCCUCCUAGAAAGAUGUCCAGGCUGCAGUACCAAAAUAGGGUGUGUAUUAAAUACUUGUCUGGAAAAAAAUGAAUCAUAUUCCUAAUGAUGUGAAAUAGCCCUAUAAAUAAAAACGCAGCUGGGGGAGUCCUGACCCUACCCUCGCUGUUGGGUCAGGGUUUCCCCGGGGCUGUGAGCACUGCCAGCUGCCAGCUGGACGUUAACUGUGUUUGUAUGAGGCUGGCCCUUGUGCUAAGUGAGCCGGACGUGUGACUAACAUGCCCUGAAUAGCACUGCGCUACAAGAGCAUUUCUCUGCUGGCUUCAUUCUUGGGCUGAUCUGUGCUGUGUUUUUAGGAGGGAGUCCUCUGGGGUGGGAUGUUGCUGCAGCUUGCCACGAGCUGUGGCUCUUGGACAGCUUCCAGUACCCUGCCUGUGCCAGCUACAGCAGGCAGCGAUACUCCUGCAGUGGCAGAGGGGAAUUAAGGGCACAAUAAGGACAUUGGUUUAGACCUUAUUGGCCUUCAUGAUGACCAGCACCACUUUCUAAUGACAAAUAUUUCCUCCUGCAACACUGGAGAGCUCUGCCUUCUGUGGAUGGCUGAGCAAGGGUUGGCCUGAGAAUGUUGUAUGCACUUAGAGGAUCUCUUGAAUGUCCUGCUCAGCUCCCGUCCUUUAUCCUUCAUUUCCACCCCUCAGCUGUGGGAUGUGGCACUCGUACUUGAUACUCGCCCUGGUCGCGUUCGUUAUGCAGCUGUGGAGAUGCUGGCUAAAGAAUGGGUAGGUGGGGCAGGAGGAGAUGCUGUCUUGUGUCCUAAGGACCAGAGUUCAUAUGUACUUGAAUUUCUGGUAGAAGAUGGCAAAUCAUCUGUGUAAUUUGUUGGUACAACCCUAAAUGUUGUUCAUCUAGUGUAUUUUCUGUUAAAUGUGCAGUGGUUCUGCUCCCCACAGAUGUUGGCAGUGGUUGGGAGAGGUCCCACAGAUAUCGUGCAUUUAGCUAUCAGAUGAGAGAGGAGAAUGUACUCCCUGAUAAUACUUCCUCUCUGGAUAGUCACGUGCAACUUUCAGUUUAUGUGGGCAAGCACAGCUGCUCCCUUUUGGGGCCAAAUACUUAAGAGCUGAGGGUGCUUUUUCAGAUGCCACGAACAGUGGAAGCUCACUGAUGUUUCCUGAUUUUCAGCAGGUCUGUGCUAUGGUGGACUCUCUUGUCUCAGAGGUCACAUCUCUUUGUUCAGGAGGAGCACCAAGGAAAAGCCGGCUGCUUCUGUCUGCAACCCGCUUUCACAGAGCAGGGGAGUAUCUUGUCCCCAGGGUGGCGGCCAAAAAACUUUCUUUCUUUUGGAAGCCAGGCCAGGAGACACUUGGCAGGUAGCUCAGUCAAACCUGAUCUUAAAUACACCAGAGAACUUGGUGUCUCCCAGUUUGUCAACUUUGUGAAAAGGUUCAGUAGGAGGGAAGGCCGAAAGCAGAGUUAGGAUUUGGCUUCUUGGUCCACUGCAGCCUCAGUACAAGGUUUGGAGCCAUGUCUUUAUUUUUUUCUCAUUUCCUGGAUGAUGUAAGACAGGGUGGGUUGAGCACUGAGAUCAUGCAGACGUGGUGAAAUAGCAGAUCUUCAAGGAAAGGAGAGAGCAUGGCAGUGUCCUUAACCAUCUGGCUCCCAGAGGCUGCAUGGCUUUUUUUGUGGAGAUGCUGCCAGGUCAUUUUUUGCCUUGCUUGGAGCUUUGUUUGGGGCUGAAUUAUAGGCAAGAGGUUCUUCUCCCAAACCUUGCUUCUUUGAUCUAGAUUAUUGCAAGGAAUGCUUACCACUGUCCCUAAAUUAUGUGGACUGUGUGGCCCAACAUCCAGGUGUGAGUGUGUUGUGAUGAUGAUUGGAUUAUCUCUUUUAAUUAUGAUUGGUUUAUGAUGAUGAGGUUAAAAGCUGAGAAUAAAAUUGGUAGGGUAGCCCUGCAUCUGAUUAAACCCCAUGCACCACUUAUCUCUGGCUUCCAAUGGUCUUGCAGUAUAUGCUGUUCCUAGAUGAAGUUUCUCCAAGGUUUGCUCUUGGGCCAUUGUAGCCUGUUUUUGGUGGUGCCUUCACUCCAUUUGAUCGUGCUUCAGCUCUGGAUUCGCAAGCCAUGUCCCAGCUGGUGGAUGAUUAGAUAAUCGCUUCCCUGCUGUGACUUCAGAUGUAGAAAUAUUUACAUAGCGAGAAGUAAAUCAUGGGAAAGCCGAGACCCACUCUCGUACUGAUGACAUGAAACAGAUAAACUAUGGUCCUGCAGAAUCUGGCUGUGGAGAAAACGUUUAUAUCCUCAGACCCUCCUGAGACUUUUCCUCUGGAUGCCUCAGUUGGAAGUGUAAUCCUCACAAUUAAUAAGGGAUCAACCAAUGUGGUUUACCAAGCCCAUCAUGUCAGCAGGAGUAAGAGAGGACAAGUCGUUGGUACCAGGGGUGGAUUUCGAGGCUGCACCGUUUGGCUAACAGGUCUUUCUGGAGCUGGCAAGACAACCAUUGGCUUUGCUUUGGAAGAGUACUUGGUCUCUCAUGGCAUCCCUUGCUAUUCCCUGGAUGGUGAUAAUGUUCGCCAUGGCUUGAAUAAAAACUUGGGGUUUUCGGCUGGGGACCGCGAGGAGAACAUCCGCCGCAUUGCAGAGGUGGCCAAGCUGUUUGCUGAUGCUGGGCUUGUCUGCAUAACUAGUUUCAUUUCUCCUUUUACAAAGGAUCGUCAAAAUGCACGGAAAAUUCAUGAGGCAGCUGGACUUCCUUUCUUUGAAAUCUUUGUAGAUGCUCCUCUAAAUGUUUGUGAAAGCAGAGAUGUGAAGGGCUUGUACAAAAAGGCAAGAGCUGGAGAGAUCAAAGGAUUCACGGGGAUUGACUCAGAGUAUGAGAAGCCUGAAUCUCCUGAACUAGUGUUGAAAACGAAUGUUGCGUCGGUGUCUGAAUGUAUUCAGCAGGUUGUGGAGCUCCUCCAGACACAAAAUAUAGUGCCUCACAGCUCAAUUAAGGAUGUUCUUGAGCUAUUUGUACCUGAAAAUAAACUCAGUAGUGUCCGAGCUGAAGCAGAGAUGCUGCCAUCCGUCGAGAUCACUAAGCUGGAUCUGCAGUGGGUGCAGGUGCUGAGUGAAGGCUGGGCCACUCCGCUGACCGGAUUCAUGCGCGAGGCAGAGUACUUGCAAGUGAUCCAUUUUGGCACCCUGCUGAAUGAUGGCGUUGUCAACCUGAGCAUCCCCAUCGUGCUGCCCAUCUCCACAGAGGACAAGGAGCGGCUGGAGGGCUGCGAGGCGCUGGCCCUCAGCUAUGCAGGGCGGAGGGUGGCCGUCCUGAAGAACCCCGAGUACUUCGAGCACAGGAAGGAGGAGCGCUGCGCUCGCGUCUGGGGCACCACAUGUGUGAAGCACCCGCACGUCAAGAUGGUGAUGGAGAGUGGAGACUGGCUGGUUGGUGGAGACCUCCUCGUGCUGGAGAAGAUCAAAUGGAAUGAUGGGCUGGACCAGUACCGCCUGACACCACUUGCUCUCAAGCAGAAGUUUAGAGAAAUGAAUGCUGAUGCUGUCUUCGCAUUUCAGCUGCGCAACCCUGUCCACAACGGGCACGCGCUGCUCAUGCAGGACACGAGGUGCCAGCUUUUGGAGAGGGGUUACAAAAACCCUGUGCUUCUCCUGCACCCUCUGGGAGGAUGGACCAAAGAUGACGAUGUCCCACUGGAGUGGCGGAUGAAGCAGCACGCAGCAGUACUGGAGGAGCAAGUCCUGGACCCCAAGUCGACCAUCGUUGCCAUCUUCCCUUCUCCCAUGCUCUACGCUGGCCCCACAGAGGUGCAGUGGCACUGCAGAGCUCGCAUGAUUGCUGGGGCCAAUUUCUACAUUGUGGGGCGCGACCCUGCAGGCAUGCCUCAUCCUGAGACCAAGAAGGACCUCUAUGAGCCCACGCAGGGAGGGAAGGUCCUCAGCAUGGCGCCGGGCCUGACUUCAGUGGAAAUUGUCCCCUUCCGGGUGGCUGCUUACAAUAAACUGAAAAGGGCCAUGGAUUUUUAUGACCCAAACAGGCACAACGAUUUUGACUUCAUCUCAGGAACACGCAUGAGGAAGCUUGCUCGUGAAGGUGAAAACCCACCAGAUGGCUUCAUGGCCCCCAAAGCUUGGAAAGUCUUAACUGAGUACUACCAGUCGCUGGAAAAAAAGAAUUAACACUACUCCUACUCCCUAGAAAUAACUUGUAUUAAGAGUGAGCAAUAAUUGAUUGAUUCCCUAUGACACAGAUCAAUUACUUGGCAUUUCCAGUGCUCUGACUGUGGGAUUUCCCUGCCUGGGUCAGAAUGUUUUUUACUAAUCAGAAGUACUUUGAGCCUGGUCCUUGUCCCCUUGAAGCUGCUGGGAGCAUCCCUGUGGAGCUAGAAGGGAGGGGCAGCGGGCCCUUCAUUCCCUGCUGAGCAUAGCUGCGGGAAGCCCACCACGGCCUCUGGACAGGCCAGCUGGAUCAUUGUGGUGCCACCAGGGCCGCACAGUGGCCCUUGGUGCAGAGCUGGGACCUCGGCACCAGGAUAAAAAUGUGUCUGUUCUCUCAGAAAUGAAGAAGUGCCUUUCCUCUGCCCCUCGCUUGGUGCUGGGCAGAGGCAGGAGCAGCCGCUGAAGCGAGGAGCAGUUGCUGCUGCCAGGGUGAGAGGGGGAGACGGGCAUUCGAUGCUCAGAUCCAGUCACUGCCCUCCAGGUUGUGCCUUGAACAAUUUUUGCUAACAAACCGCAGGAUUUUUUUAAUGCCCUUUUUUUUAGGAUUUUUUUUAAAUCAGCCUUGAUCGUCACCAGUUCCUUGUGGCCGAGACAACUGCUCACUGUCCUUCCUUGGUUCCUCCUGCUUGACCUCUCUGGUCAAAACAAAACCUGGGCUGGGCGUUACUGGUGCUCCAAGUUCAGCUUUGUGUGGGGACCGUGCAGUGAUGACCCCUGUGCUCACAGCCUGGUGGGUCCAUGGGUGGGGGAACCUCCCCUCAGAGGCAUCGUAAAAUGCAGGAGAUCUCUGAGAAGGCUCAGGGCAGCAUACAAAAAUUGGGGAUGCUGUUUACAUGCUUUUGUGAGUAUCCUCCCAGCUGGCAGGAUUGGAUCCCCUGUCCUCUGCCCGUGCUUCUCCCAUCUGAAAGGUGAAUUAAAGGCAAAACGGCAAAAGCACAGUGUGAGGCGGGUCUUGCCAGUAAACCAGGCAAGAGAUGGCUCAAGCGCUUGCCCUCAUCUGUACCCCCAGCCCGGUGUGGGUACAGGUGGCCUGAUUUUACUUUGUAUCUGUGGGGUGCUGCUGUGCAAGGGGUGACAGUGCUGAGCCGAGCACGGGUGGCUGGUGCUGCUCCCAGCUCUGGCUAGUGGAAAGUUACUGCAGACCGUACCUUCUCCCCCUCCCCUGCCCCCAACAUGGACUUUGCUGCUGCGUGUGAGGCUUUUCUGCUGACUUGCAGCUCUUGCAGUGACCUCCCCUCCAGUGGGUCUGAGCAGUGUGACUCAACUCCAAAGCUUUACCUGGCCCCAUCCGCAUCUCACCCUGAGCACGUCCCGCUGGCACCAGUGCACGUCGUGGUGGUCGUUGAGGCCCGAGCGCGAUGCCCUGCACGGCUGGGAGCCCCGCAGCUGCCUGCCUGCCCCUCCGCGUCCCGCCUGCGCUCAGCGCGGCCCUUCCCAGGGAAAGGGCUGAUCCUGCAGCCCUGCUGUGCCAGGGGCAAAGAGCGUGCCCCCUCCACAGCCAUCGUGAGCAGGGGUGGGGUGGUUUGUUUUUUUUUUUGGAGGGGGGGAAAACAGCUGUGCACUUAGUUAUUGCAACAACCUGAACUGAUUAUUUUUGUACUUGCCCCUUUUUUUAGUAGGUGCCCCAGGACCGGUUACAAUGUGUUUCUAAUGAAACGGAAAUAGCGCUCUCCUCUUCUUGUACUUUGGUUUUAAUUACAAACGGAUCUAUGCUCAGUACAAUCACGCUUCUGCUCGUAACUUAGGAUAGUGAGUUACAUCGCAAGCUAAAACCUGUUUUGCUGUGGCCAUGGUAUAGUGUCCGAGACUACAUGUGACUGGGAGUACUUCUGCAAAAAGUCUUUUUUGUUACCUGUCUUGGGGUGGUUUUGGGUAAUUUUUUAAAGUAUUUGGAGCAAGGAACCCAAAGCUGCAUUAUACCUCAAGAAAAAUGCUGCAACACCCACGUCCGUAGCUGAAAGCACACUAGCACCCGUGCCUUUCACUCAUGGGCCCUCUGGCAGGGACCUGCAAGACAAAAGCAAUACUCCCAUUUAUGACCACAAUAUUUGUCAUUUUAAAGUAGUAAAAUAUUGCUAUUGCUGUUCAUCAUAAAAUAAUCAGUUAAAAAAAAGCCAACCACAGUAAAUCAAAAUGGUUACAGCAAAACACGUAACUUAUAUUAUCCUUUCAAAAAUAGCAUAGUGUACCGAUUACCUCCGAUUAAGAUAGGGUAUAUGGACUAGGUUUUUUUUAUAGUAUAUUUAUUAAAGACAUGAGACUGGAAUUUGUACCUCAACUGAUGCAUCUUAUGAUUUAAUAUAUUCUGAACUUGAUACUCUGCUACAAAAUACUCACUUUUAGUACAAAUAAAUAUUUGUGUAACUCA